AUGGGAGUUGUAGUCCAAGAACCUCUGUGGACCCAAGAUUGAGAAUCUCAGAAUCACUGCAUAGCAAACCUUUCUUAAAGGGACAGGAGCAGGCCAGGCUGGCUUUUCUUUUUCUUGACCUGGCAGUAACCCUACAGGGAAAAGAAAGGUGUUGCUGUUAUUUGGUGGGUAGGGGAGAGGUUUGACCCCUGGCAGAAACUGAGGAAAUGGAGGAAGAAACAAAGGGAGGGGAAGCAAAAAUAUAGAGAAAUCACUUCUAUGGAUUAUCAUUCUCACACACACCCCACAGUUCCUGAGUGGCUAACAAUAGUUUUUCAGAGGAGUUAUGCUGCUAUUAUAUAGCUUAUGCUACAGUACCUUUUGUAGUUUUCAAGGGGCACGAGGAAUCCUUAUUGUUUUAGCCUCAAAUUAAGCCGCAUACCUUGAUUGUAAACACCACAGGGUGGUUAAGGACUGUCAAGAGGCAGUGUCCUCUCCCAAACCAUCACCUCAGUGAAAAAGACCUCCACCCCACUCCAAGUUCUGGCCUCUUGCGUUGCCUCCUGACUGGACCUGCGUUCCCCAACCAUGGCUGAAGGAGGCACUGGUGGGAACCAGCCGCCCCGUGAACAUCCCCGCAACCUCCAGGGCCUACUACAAAUGGCUGUCACUGCAGGGAAUGCUGAACCCGCGCCAGUGGAACCCAUGUCUGAUGAGCGGAGGCAGUGGUUACAGGAGGCAAUGGUUGAGGCGUUCCGGGGACAGCAGGACGAGAUAGAACAGAUGAAAGAAUGUCUGCAGAUGCUAGAGGUGGAAACCCCUGGAGCGGAAUGUGGGGAGAGCUCAGAGGAAGCCCGUUCAGAUCUCCGACAGAGAGAGGGGGCGUUGGACUGCCUGGCAGAGCUCUGUGAGAACUUGGAUAAUGCUUCAGAUUUCUGCAAACUGGACGGCAUGCGGCUGUUGGCACACCGAUACCUGGAGCACGAGGAGGCGGGACUGCGCUGGCGAGCUGCCCACCUGGUGGGCACCUGUGCCCAGAAUGUCCCCAAGGUGCAGGAGCAGGCCCUGGCCCUGGGCUGCAUGAGGAAACUGUUGCGGCUACUGGAUCACGAUCUGAGUGAAGCUGUCCGGAUCAAGGCGCUCUUUGCAGUCUCCUGUUUGGUAAGAGCUCAGGAAGCUGGCCUGCUGCAAUUCCUCCGUCUCGACGGCUUCUCGGUUCUCAUGAGGGCCAUGCAAAGCAGCAUUCAGAAGCUGAAGGUGAAAUCCGCCUUCCUUCUACAGAGCCUUCUCAUAAGCCACCCAGAGCAGAAAGAGACCCUGUGUUCCAUGGGGAUGGUCCAGCAGCUGGUGGCCUUGGCCCGGUCUGAACAUAGCACCUUCCACGAACAUGUCUUGGGAGCAUUGUGCAGCCUGGUCACAGAUUUUCCUCAGGGUGUGCGAGAAUGUCAAGAGCCAGAACUGGCACUCGAGGACCUGUUAAAAGAGCGAUGUCAGCUAAUAAAGGAUCAGGAAGAAUUCCAGGAGGAGCUCGAAUUCUGUGAGACGUUGUUGCGCCUUUGCUUCUACAAUCAGUCUGAUGAAAACAGCAUGGACCGGUAACGUGGCUUCCCAUGCUGCGCCCAACACGGUUGGAGUUCAUGCUUGCACUUGGAACCACUUCAGCUGGAGACACUUCAUGGAAACAACCAUGUUUAUCCUCCACUUGCUGACCUGGCAGCAGGCUGGAGUAAUAGAAGAUGUCUUUGUAACGAGAUAUCCAGCUUGUUAGCCUUGUGAUCAGCAGGAAGACGCUUUCAUAAGCUGUUCCUGCGUAACUUCCUCAUCAUCGUCCUGCAGAACAAUUCCUCCACUCACCCCUACCCCGCCCCCCCACCGUCAGACACACACACUUUACCUUCAAGUCGCCCCACAAGCCAGAAUUCUGAGUAUCCCUAAAAUGCACACAUUGAAUUGGGAAACGAAGCCUACUUCUUGUAAUGAGCACCCUGCCUGUUUUCCAAGAUGGGAUCCUUAUAUGUGGGAGGCUGGAGGGCCUUUUAGUUUGCCCAGCCGGGAAGUAAAUGAUACAGAAUUUCCUUCCAGACCUGAAACAGCUGGGAAUUGGCUGUUUCACAGAGCACUGAGUAGCAGAUUGACAAAUUGGGAAGCAUCCUUUGAGAGUGGCUGAGGCUUUGGCGUGCAUGCAGAGCCUGCUAACGUGCCCACUGCUAAAUGUUCCAGACAAGGGAAAUGGUAUCCAGCCAGAAGCCUCUAUUGGAAGUGAUGUUUUGCUUUUUCUUUGAUUUUUCCCCUUCUGUCAGCUUAGGAUUAGGCGUGUGCACAAACCUCAGUUCGGUGCCAAACCAGUUUGACGCCAGAUUGCGGGGGUGGGGGGAGAGGCCAGUGGGACCUUUGAAAGGGAGUACAGUAGGCCUAUUCCUGCUCUCCGCCUCUCCCACCCCACCCCACCCGGCCAGCACCAAACUGGUUCAGCCCAAUUUGGUGCCGAUCCUGUGCGUGAACCUCAGAUUGUGCACAUCUCGGCAGUGUAUCCCAACAGUUUGUGUCUUCCACCACUGUGUUUCACUUCUACUGUGUUUUCUGCUUUAAAAAAAAAGUUUCUGGUUUGGGUGACAA